AUGUCUCUCCCAACGCUGGGCUCUCAAUCCUCCUCGAUUCUCGGCACCUUCACUCCAGCCAUCGACCCGACGACCCGAGAGCACCGAUCAUUCAAGCCUGCCUUUCACAACGGCCCCAGUUGGACUGCUCCCUUCCGGGACGGUCUGCCCACUCCUCCCAGCGAUAUGACUGGACUGGCCUACAAUGCCAUUCCGGCCAUGCCAUAUGGAGUGAAGACUCACGGCAUGCCAUCUCACAUCUAUGGCUUGCGCUCUCACUUCGAUUCGAUCCCCUCUUCCUCGGUAGCUUCAUAUAGCACGAAUCCGCAAACCCACCCGGCACCUGUGAAAGAAGUCCCAGCUACCGAACCCGUGCAAAAGAAGUCCACUAGCACAUCGGGCGGUUCGCAACUGCGAAUUCCCUCGUCAAUCAAUAAUAGCAAGGGCAACCUGGCCGAAUUCGCAGCGCAGAUGACCUGCCUCUUCUGGUUCGAAAAGACUUCCAAACUUCAAGCUAUCGAAGACCGACUGCACCUCGUUCCUUCUCUGGUCCCCGAGGCGAUUCCGACUGUUGGAUUCCAAAAAUGGGUGGCUACAAUUCUCUCGACUACACAAGUCAGCCAGAAUGUGAUUUUGUUGGCUCUGCUAUUUAUCUACCGACUAAAGAAGUUCAAUUCUGGCGUAAAAGGAAAGAAGGGCAGCGAAUUUCGACUGAUGACGGUGGCUCUGAUGCUGGGCAAUAAAUUCCUGGACGACAACACCUACACCAACAAGACUUGGGCGGAGGUUUCGGGCAUUGCGGUGCAAGAAAUUCAUAUUAUGGAGGUUGAGUUCCUCAGCAACAUCCGAUACGAUCUGUUUUCCUCCGAGGCUAAGUGGGCCCAAUGGCACACCAAGCUCGGCCUCUUCGCCGACUAUUUCAACAGGGCAUCCGCCCUCCCUGCUGAGACGGACACCCCGCUUAUGCGUGUCUCUCCUCCUCGAUUGCAGCCUCCUUCGCCCUUGUCGAAGUUGCCAUCGCCUCCUUCGGAUGCGCUUCGACCGCAAUCACAGCCAAAUUGGUACAUGCCGGCUCCCGGUCUGCCCUACCCUGUUCCUUCGCCAGCUUGCCAGCUUGCGGCUGGACCUCGCAAGCGUAGCCGAGAUGACGAUGCCGAGUUGCAGCCCAUGAAACGAGCUGCUCGGGGAAUAGGACAACAUACUCCGGCUCCUAUUACCGUCCCCUCCACGACUAUGAAUGCAAUGCCCACUCUUCCGCCCGUCCUCACACCAACAUCUGCUCCGGUGUCUCAGGGUCUCUCACUACCACCUCCCAACCUGACAACCUCAAACCCCAUUUCUCAUUGUCUUCCAACUCCCUCCAGCUCUCAACUUUCUUCUACCGCGGUUUCUCAACUCCCUGUCCCAGCUCCCAUGCACCCAAUCUAUAACCGGUCUUCCAACUGGGGUCAGCACAUUUCCAACGUUCCUAUUCCUGCGUCUUCAGCUGGCAUGUACAACGCGCCUUCUCUUCCGGAACUCGGCCGACACCACAGCCCCUUCGGUGUCUCUUCUGGCACCGUCUCGCCGGCUGUGUCUGCCUACUCGGUUCACACUCCCCAAACUCACCUAUCCCCAUCCUUCUUCCUCGCCAACCGCAACUCCCCUUACCGACCGGUGCGCUCGGUUUCAACCUUGCUGAUUCCACCUCCCUCUUCUUCCCUGCAGCAGCAGCGCAGUGUCCCGUUCGAUCACAUGCAUUACCAGCCGCUGGGCAAGGGUACUUGUGAUCGCAAGACGGGUUUGCUUCCCUAUAUCCAACCAGAUGUAUGGAGCCAGGGAAGCUACCAACCCUACUACCCUCCCUCGCAAACAUUCUCCAACUAA